AUGGAUAAUUGCAAUAUUGCUAGUUGGAAUGUUCAAGGUGUAAAUAACAAGAAUAAACAAAAUUUUGUUUUAGAGUUUUGUAGUCUGAAUAAAAUUGGAGUCGGUGCAUUGCUCGAAACCAAGUUGAAGGAUAACAAGAUUAAAGAGAUGAUGAUGAAUAAGUUCAGGAGUUGGGAUUACUAUAGUAGCCCAACCAUUGAAGGUCGUUUGCUUAUUAUUUGGAGGAAAAGCUUUGUUAAAGUAAUAGUCAUUGCUGAAUCUUCUCAAUGUGUUCAUUGCUAUGUGAAAAUGUCUGGUCAGGAAGAAGAUUUUUGUAUUGCGUUUGUUUAUGGUUUAAACACCAUUGAUGAGAGGAAAAGUUUAUGGGUGGAUCUAUUGAGUCUUAGGUUCCCUGUGAAGCCUUGGCUGUUGCUUGGAGAUUUCAAUGCAGUGUUCAACUAUGAAGAUAGAUCUGGUGGGAAUCCUAUCUCUAUAAAUGACUUGACUGAUGCUACUUUAUGGCAAGCUCAAGGUCAUGUGGAAGCACUUAAAAGAUCAGGCUCAAAUUUUACUUGGUCUAACAACCAAGAUGGCGCUAGUAGAAUCUAUUCUAGAAUAGAUCAUGCGUUUGCCAAUGAGGAACGGCAAGAUAUUUUUCCUAACACUACAGCCCAUUUUGCUUGGGAAUCUAUUUCUGACCAUUGCUCGUGUGUGGUUACUGCUACUGUCUCAGAGAAGAUUGGGCUUAAGCCAUUUCGUUAUUAUAAUUUUUGGGCUGAACACCCGAAGUUCAAAGAGUUAGUUACUGCCAGUUGGGAGAAGCCUUUGGCUGUUAGGGGUUUGAAAGGUAUCUACUAUAAACUCAUGAGGUUAAAACAUAUCCUUAAGAAAUUUAAUAAGGCUACUAUUAGAGAUGUGGGGACAGCAUACUUUGAAGCUAAAGCCAAGUUUAUUGAUGCUAGACAACAAGCUCAAGCUCACCCGAGAAAUAUAGUUUAUCAGGAAAUGGAAAAGACUGCUGCUGAGACUUUAAGCAGUAAAGAGAAGAUGUACUUCAAUUUUCUGAGACAACGAAGUAAGGUUAAGUGGCUCCAACAAGGGGAUGAGAAUAAUUUUUAUUUUCAUGCUUUUUUGAAGAAAAGGAAGGUGGAGAACAGGAUAGCAUCUUUUGUUACUGACUAA